AAUGCGCGGGAAACUUUGAAUGGCGGAUUUGUAUCGGGGAUUUUCCAAAUACAACACUUCAAAUUGGCAAUUUCCAUUGUUAUUAUCAAAUUUAAAAAGCAGCUUACUGUUACAGAUGGAUUUGAGUAUACUCCAAUGGCGCUUGAAAUGUUGAAACAGUUGUUUUUGCAAACUUAGACUUAGUACUCUUCGACUGCGUGUAGAGUUUGUUAUUGUGGUUACGUCUGAAAAGCUCUAAAGUAUCGAGAUGAGACGUUCCGCUGCGCCGUCUGUCCGUGCAGCUAAACGAGCCAAGUUCUGCACACCAUUUACCAGCAAUGCGGGUCAAAAUCCGAUUGAGGCUGUUUUGCCUUCAUAUAAUGGCACAGUGCUGCAAAGAUCCAUACAAGAGAUAAACCCCUGUGAUAAAAACCAUUCCAUUUCCAGCAAGCACCUAACUGAGAGAGCUAACUGUGACGACUUUCCUGGAAUGGUGGUUCAGGAUAUUAAUAAACAAAAUGUCUUACCUUCUUCAUCAUCUGGUUCUGAAGUCAAGAGCCCAAAAAGGCCAAACAAGACACCAUCAGAUCCUACCACAAGGAUGUCUAAACAGCCGUUCAGGACACCUCUGCUAAAAACUUUCCCUAGUAAUUCUACAGCUAAUAAAACAGACACAUUAACAAAACAGCCCAGUGAAGAAGAAACUAUUACAAAAUACUUCAGUGUUGUCUGGUGUAAGAUGUCAAAGAAAAAGCACAAGAAAUGGGACGGAGAUGGUAUCAUUGCUGUAAGAGGAAGAAGUCUUAGUCUUAAAGAUUUGGAAGGAAAAGAAAUAGCUAAAGGGUCUGGCUACAAAACAGCAGAGCUUCAGACUCUCCAAGAAGGACACACCUUGUGUGCCGGUGGAAAAGAACUAGAAAUAAUGGGUUCCAUAUCAAGUGAGGACUAUCUAAGUGGAAAGUGUUUCCAAAGUACUGCAAGUGUAUCAUCAAGCAUUGUUGCACCCCUAACUGCUGUGUCCAAAUCAUUUGUGAAUCCUGCAAAGCAUAAAUCUUCCAAGACUGGUCCCACCAAGUCAGCAGCACUAAGCCGUAUGACUCCACGUCAUAGUAUUGACGCCCCAAAUGCACUUGCCCUGCCACGCCCUAGUGCCUCACACCAACUUGCUAAUAACAAGUCAGUACAGCCAUUAGUUGAUGUUGUUGUAGACCCCCACCUUGGCCAACAUCUGCGGCCGCACCAGCGAGAUGGAGUGCUCUUCCUGUAUGAGUGUGUCAUGGGCCUGAGAAACUUCAAUGGCAAUGGAGCAAUACUAGCGGAUGAAAUGGGAUUAGGCAAGACUCUUCAAUGCAUUGCUCUGAUAUGGACGCUCCACAAGCAGGGUCCGUAUGGUGGACAACCGGUGUGUAACAGAAUCCUGAUCAUAACACCAGGAAGCCUAGUAAAGAAUUGGUGUGCAGAGUUCCGUAAAUGGCUUGGCAACGAAAGAAUGCGAGUGUUUCCGGUCACAUCCGAUAUGCGAGUCAAGGAGUUUAUCAUCAGUCCAAUCUACCCGGUGCUUAUCAUUAGCUAUGAGAUGUUUAUUCGAUCCCAAGACGACAUCAUGAAUAUCAAGUUUGACUUGUUUAUCUGUGAUGAGGCACACCGCCUGAAAAACUCUGCAAUCAAGACAACAACACUCAUUUCUGGACUGAAGACAAGGCGUCGAGUGCUUUUGACGGGAACACCAAUACAGAAUGACUUGAAAGAGUUUCAUACACUGAUUGAGCUGUGCAACCCAGGCGUGCUUGGUUCAGGGACGUUGUUUCGACGCGUGUACGAGCAGCCGAUAGUUAACGGUCAGCAGCCAGGUGCCACGAGUGAAGAUAAGCUACUGGGGCAAACCCGCGCCUCUGAGCUGAAUCGUCUGACUAGGCUCUUCUUUCUCCGACGAACUUCAGAAAUCAACGAGAAGUACCUACCACCUAAGGUGGAGAUGGUGGUGUUCUGUCGUCCGGCCCAUCUCCAAGUGACCUUGUAUCGUCACCUGCUCACCUCGCGUUUCUUACGCGGCUGUCUGCGGGCCUCGUGCCCCUCCUCCACUCACCUGGAGUGCAUUGGGGCUCUCAAGAAACUCUGCAACCAUCCCACCCUGCUGUAUUCUGCCAGCCAGGGAGCGAACACACUUGGCGACGAGGAUCAGGUCUCACUGUAUGACGGCCUGUUAAAGCUGUUCCCCGAGUGUAACGAUGCGUCCGAGUUAAGCAUCGCUCAGUCUGGCAAGCUAACUGUGCUAAACUCUAUGUUGGAGGAGAUCCAUUGCACAGGCGAACGCGUGGUGCUUGUAUCUAACUAUUCACAGACGUUAGACAUUCUACAGAAGUUGUGUACAGUAAAGAAGUACAGAUACCUGCGUCUGGAUGGGUCCACACCCACGGCGAAACGUCAAUCAUUAGUGGAGCGCUUUAACGCCAAGCAUUGCCAGGACUUCGUGUUCCUUCUAAGCUCAAAAGCUGGAGGAGUUGGCUUGAAUCUAAUCGGUGCAUCAAGGCUGAUAUUGUACGAUAUCGACUGGAAUCCGGCCAAUGACUUGCAGGCGAUGGCUCGUGUGUGGAGGGAUGGCCAGAGAAGAAGAGUAGUCAUAUAUCGUCUCUUAACCACGGGUACGAUCGAAGAGAAGAUCUAUCAGCGCCAGACCACCAAGCAAGGGUUAAGUGGUGCCGUGGCUGAUGAUCGUAAACAGGUCAAGGUGGACUUCUCACAAGAAGAUGUUAAGGACCUUUUCACGCUAGACGAACUGACAGUAUGUAGUACGCACGACCUUCUCCAGUGUCAGCGAUGUAAUAGAGUGCAACAGGCCGAGAAGGAGCCUGAUCCAUCAUGUGUGCAGACUAUGACUCGUGCUUGUCAGCUGGGUAUGCCGCCCACCGAGAAAAAGAUGAAUGUCUCCAUCGCGGAGUUGAUGAAAUGGCAGCACUUCCCCUCCCCACUCUGUUUAACCGAGCUUUGUGAUGAUGCUAUAUUACGAGCUGAAGAUCAUAUCACCUUUGUAUUCCGCAACGAGGUUAACGAGGAUGGCACAUCGCGUCCCUGAACUAAGAUGAGUCAGGGAUAGGCUUGCAGUCCAAUGGUACUUCACAAGGCAAGCUAAGGAUAGCCUUGCAGCCCAAUGGCACCCCAUAAGCUGAGCCAGAAAUAGUCUUGCAACCUAAUGGUACUACACAUGGCAAGCCAGAAAUAGCCUUGCAACCUAAUGGUACUACACAUAGCAAGCCAGAAAUAGCCUUGCAACCCACAACAUAAGGCAACGAGAGGUAGCCUUACAGCCAAAUCGCAUUCCACAUGCAAGCAAAGGAUAGACCUGCAGCACAGUGACACUCCACAAGGCAAGCCAGAAAUAGCCUUGCAGCUGUAGCUUCUAGGCAAUUACCAAUUGAAGAUGACUUUCAUUGUCUAAAUUCUUAGAGUACGCCAGCUUAUUUUAAAUAGAAGCAAAUACCACCUAAUACAACCGCCCACAAGUAUAAUGCUAUACUUGAAUUUAUUGAUGGCUCAUGUGGCGCAUCCCAAUUCUUAGGCGGCUUUUAUAAAUUGUUAUUAAUAUAUUGUACAGAUUAAACGAUAAAAUUAAACUGUG